UACAUGAGGUCCAGACUGGUCAGGCGACUAGGGAUCACUCAACCUGUGCGUCCGAAACUAGAAGCGUAUCUAUACCUGACUGGAAAAGGCCACAGAACAAAUUUUGAAUAUGAAAAGAAGGGCACUCGGACUCGGACUCAGACAAGGGAAGUCUUAUCGAUUCUAUCUCUACGAUGAACGACUCAGCAUGACAUAUGGAGUUCGCGCUUACGAGAUCCCGGCUACUGCAGGCACAGCCGGUCCCAGCAGUUCGCAGCUGGCACCCUCCAAAAAGCGCGUCCCAAUCCAGCAAGAGACUGCAGAGAUCAUGGACGAGGAAGAGAUCUACCUCGGCCUGAAGCUGAAGGAUAUUGGCAAAGUAGGACCAGAUGGUGCUGACCUGUUCUUCAAAGGCUCUCUUUCCAAGGUCGCCCAGCUAGAGGAAAAACGGAGGGAAGCUCAGGAGGAGUCCCGAGAGAAGGACAAGGAGAAUAAAGAGAUGGCCAUCGUUAUGAUGAAAUAGACGUAGUAGUUGGCCAACCUGUCGAGGAUGGUUGGGGUAGUGGGUGCGGAGAACACCCAUUUGAGGGAGGAAAACACCCGAUUGAUAGGGGAGUCUCUCAGCUUAAGGAGACUUUGGCGCAGAAGGAGCAGAACCUCCUGGUCAGGCCCUUGCAUGGCUAGAGGAGAACAAGGCUGGACUACCCGGGCACUGACCUCUUUUCCCGAGGGGACCAUGGAGUCCUUCAGGCUGCUCUAUCGGGAUCCGUAAGGGAAAAAAUGAUAAGCAUUUUC